CGUCGCAGUUCCCCGGCAGUGAGGAGCUCGGGAGCGCGGAGAGCCGCACAAAUCUGGGAGCAACUCUUCGCACGGCGGGAAUAACCCUUGAUGCGGAAUUGUUACGGUGGAACAGCAGCCAUAAUAAGUCGGACUCCAAAAAAAGAAAAGGACAAAAGCACACCAGUUCAGGUGAUUUUACAACUCAGCGAGAGAAGAAGCUGUGCAGGGACUCAAGGACUGGCAGUGGUGGCAGCAUUAAUCCUGGGAAACAAAACAUAAUUGUGUGGUCGCUGCUUUUUCACCUUCAUCUAUCUAAAUGAUUUUUACAAGUGGAAUCGAAGAGUUGCGUGCUGCUGGGCUGUAAUUACCAGAUCUUUGACCUCGUCCUGUGUCUGGAAUCAGAGAGAGGAUGCUGUUGGACCAACUUUGGUCAAUACAGACGCUCCUGGUCCUGGUAGUCUGGGCCAUAGGUACCCAUGGUGACACUGUCUCUGCUCCUCGUGUCUUCCUCUCCUUCAAAGAGCUGAAGUCCACUGGAACAGCCCACCACUUCUCCUUCUUGCUCAACACCACGGACUACCGCAUCCUGCGUAUGGAUGAGGACCAUGACCGCAUGUAUGUCGGCAGCAAGGACUACAUCCUCUCCCUGGACCUGCAUGACAUUAACAAGGAGCCGCUCAUAAUCCACUGGCCUGUGCCUUUGCAGAGGAAGACGGAAUGUGUUUUGUCUGGAAAGGACACCAAUGGAGAAUGUGGGAACUUCAUUCGCCUGAUUGAGCCAUGGAAUCGUACUCACUUGUACGUCUGUGGAACUGGGGCCUACAAUCCUGUCUGUACCUACGUAAACCGAGGACGUAAAGCCCAGACGGCUCUUCAUCUGCAGAUGCCUCAGUCUGGAGGACGGACAAGCCGUGCCGCGGACUUCACCACAACGGUUAAGCCAAUGGGACCAGAGGAAUACAUUUUCCGGCUGGAGCCAGAAACACUGGAUUCUGGAAAGGGGAAAUGUCCCUAUGACCCAAAGCUCAACAGUGUAUCUGCACUGAUCAAUGGUGAGCUCUAUGCUGGAGUUUACAUUGAUUUCAUGGGAACAGAUUCUGCUAUUUUCCGAACUCUGGGCAAGCAGACUGCCAUGCGGACUGACCAGUACAACUCCAGAUGGUUAAAUGAUCCCUCAUUUGUCCAUGCACACCUCAUCCCUGACAGUGCCGAGAAGAAUGAUGACAAACUCUACUUUUUCUUCCGAGAAAAGGCUUCGGACAUGGGCCAGAGCCCCGUGACACAGUCUCGUAUUGGACGGAUCUGUUUGAAUGAUGACGGUGGCCAUUGUUGUCUGGUCAACAAGUGGAGUACGUUUCUGAAGGCACGGCUUAUCUGUUCCGUGCCGGGAGCUGAUGGUGUCGAGACCCACUUCGACGAGCUGCGCGAUGUCUUUAUACAACAGACACAGGACACAAGGAAUCCUGUCAUCUACGGAGUGUUCUCAGUGUCAGGGUCAGUGUUCAAGGGUUCAGCAGUAUGUGUCUACUCCAUGGCCGACAUUCGCAUGGUCUUCAACGGGCCCUUCGCUCACAAGGAGGGACCCAACUACCAGUGGGUGGCCUACACUGGGAAAAUCCCGUACCCCAGACCAGGAACGUGUCCCGGAGGGACCUUCACGCCAAACAUGAAGUCCACCAAGGAUUACCCAGACGAAGUCAUCAACUUCAUGCGCAACCACCCCACCAUGUAUAAUGCAGUGUACCCGGUGCACAAGCGCCCUCUGGUGGUGAGGACCAACGUGGACUACGAGUUCACCACCAUCACCGUGGACCAGGUGACAGCUGCUGAUGGAAGCUACGAGGUGCUCUUCCUAGGGACAGAUCGGGGAACUGUUCAAAAGGUGAUCGUCCUGCCUAGAGAUGACCUCAGGACUGAGGAGCUGGUCCUGGAGGAAGUAGAGGUGUUCAAGGUUCCAACUCCAAUCACAACGAUGAAAAUUUCAUCCAAAAGGCAACAGCUCUAUGUGAGCUCAGUGACAGGUGUGACACACCUGGCCCUCCACCGGUGUGAUGUGUAUGGCCAGGCCUGCGCUGACUGCUGCCUGGCCCGGGACCCCUACUGCGCCUGGGAUGGAAAGUCCUGUUCACGCUACUCUGCAUCACAGAAGAGACGCAGCCGGCGGCAGGAUGUAAAGUACGGCAACCCAAUCCGACAGUGCAGAGGUUACAACUCCAAUGCCAACAAGAACACAGUGGAAGCGGUGCAGUAUGGUGUGGAGGGCAGCAGCGCGUUCCUGGAAUGCCAGGCACGGUCACCCCAUGUGUCCAUCAAGUGGCACCUGCAGAAGGAGAACAGUGACAGGAGGAAAGAGAUGCGGUCAGAUGGACGGGUGCUGAGGACAGACCAGGGCCUGCUCCUGCGUUCGCUGCAGCUCUCCGAUGGGGGCGUGUACCAGUGCACCUCCACCGAGAAGAAUUUCAAGCACACUCUAGUGAAGCUGCAGCUGGUGGUGCUCUCCAGCCGGGCCGUCAACAGUGUACUGGUGGAGAUAGGCUGGCCGAUCCUUCCCCCUCUGCCCCCCAGCCCAUGGACGCCCAAUGCAGGCCAGUACAAGGACCUCCUGACCAUCCUUAGCCAGCCUGAAAUGGGCCUCAUCAAUCAGUACUGCCUGGACUACUGGCAGCUGGGCAACGUUGGCCCCGUGGACCCCAUGAUGAGCAGCAUCAAAGGGAAGGACCUGAAGGAGCUGAAGGAGCAGAAGAAAUCACGCAACCGCCGGAAUCACGGGGGCCACAGCUGGGCACAGGAGACAUGAACACACUAAAAACAUGCCAAAAACAUCAAAAUCACCUUCCAUGGCAAAGACUCAAAUAGGGAAAACUCAGUCCUUCAAAAAAGACGCGGAAGAGAAACGAGUACAGAACAACCUAAAUCAGACACACAGAGGUUCCUUUUAACAUUGAGAGAAUGUUAAAAUACAGUAUUUAUUGUAGGUUGUACAUAGUAUGAUUCUGUGGAUUUCUUUGUUCUAAAAUAGGAAAAGGAUCUUUGUGUAUAGGUACCC